AUGCUUCAAUCCAACACCGACGCUACCUCGUUCAAGCUCCAGCCAGCGCCUCGUCCCAAGUCCAAGAAGCGUCCUCAGAACCCACCCCCUGUCCUGACCUUGUCUCCCAAUGCCUCCGCCUCAACCGACGGCGCAGACACCAAAUCUCUUCGAUCCUGCUUCGAAGACGAAGACGAGGCGAUCACGCCCAAGGCUUCGUCCUUCCACAUCUUUCUGGACGACAAGCACGAUGUCUCUGACAGUGACGCCACCAUCUCAUCCCGCCGACUACGAUCCUCCUCCACCUCCAUCUCCUCCGCCACCUCCACCAAGUCCCUCAGCUCGGUCAACCGUCUCCUCUCCGCCCUGUCACCUACCACGCCCACGCGUCGACCGCAAAGCCUCACCUCUCCCUCGGCAACAGUCACCGUGAUGCUGACGAACAAAUCCCCCACGCCCUCAUCCCCGCUCUUCCCACGCCGCACGCUCAUGCGCAGCCUCUCGUCGACAUGCGUCAACAUCCGCUCACCCACGACGCCGCUCACCCCGUCCCCCGGAGCAACGCUUCGCAAGCGUAUGGGAUGGCGUGGCGCCCAGAGUGCGCAACUGGCAGACGAGACCGCCAUCAUCAUGUCCCCCGGUAGCCCGCUCACUCCUCGUCGCGCCGACGCACUGCACACGCCGACGCAGGCGAGCAUCUCGUCCAUCCCCGAGAACGAGCCCUUGAGUGCGACGCUCAAGGCGCUCGGAGCCAAACGUCGGACGGAACGGUUCGCCUCCACCUGCGCACCUCUUCUUUCCCCCGACGGUGCCGACGUCAAAAGCCCCAAUUCGGAGAAGUUCGAACUCAUGACUGCAACGAGGAAGAUCUUUCAUCUGCCAACGUGGGUGAGGUUCGAGGCGAAACAUCAUGCGCGCACCCAGGCGGCCGAGGAGAAUCGUCAAGCGGCAGCGGGGUUCGAGGAGUUGCGCAAGAAGAUUUCGACCGAAUCGAUGAUGGAGUAUGUGGUGAUGCGGGGGGAGGCGUUGCCCAAGACGAGUCAGUUGGGUGAUAACGCGCCCGCCAGCCCCAAUGGCGAGCUUCUCGCCGGGUUCGGGGUCGAUACUCUCCAUCCUUCGCGACCGAAAACUGAGGUGAAGGAGGAGGGGGAAUGCGUGAUCAGCGUCGUCCGUCGACCGACGAUGGCGGCUCUGCGCGAAGGGCAAGCUUCUCAACCCACCAAAAAGGCCAGUGGCGGCGUGUUUGGCGCAGUUCGCUCCGCCUUGCCUGGCAUACGUCCACAGCGUCGGAUAAGAGACUCACGCCCCCCGAAACCGCUCCUUCUCGCCCCCGCUUCCCUUACCGAUCCGGAACGACGCGAUGGAUGGGGUGGCAUUUUGACCCGAUCGAGCUGGUUCCCGAGCUUCCGACGUGGUCCUCUGGUCUCUCCGACGCCAUCUGGAGCGAUGCUUCUCCAGCCGCUUCCUCGUGGGAAGAGAGAAGAUGACGAGUGGGAGGACAUCGACGAGCCGGUUCUUCCAACGGAUAACGAGCCUACUUCGUUUUUGGAGCUCAACGACGCACCUCGCUUCUUCAACCGUUCGCCCGCAACGACGGGCCCAAGGGGCUGGUUCCCCUUCUCCCGCUCUCCUCCAAAAGACUGGAUCGGCGAAACGCGGCUCGACACCUGGCACACGCGUCCGCUCAAGCCAAGCCACGAAGAAGAAAGCGUUUCGAGCGAGAUGAUCACUCGCGGUGGGAGGAGCGUCGAGAACCGUCCUCUGGGGAAGAAGAAAGGUUUGCGGACAAGAAUCGUUAUGGCCGCCGUGAUCGUCAUGAUCGUAGCCGCCGUCGUGGCUAAUGUGGUGAUCAUUGCGCAGGCGAGGAAGGUGUCGCAGGGUCAAGGGGAUAAGGGAAGGAUGGCGUACGAUCCGUUGGUGGGAAGGAUCGGGCCUGGGUUCGUUCUGCCCCCAACAAUGACGACGACGGUGCCCGAUGCGAGGUCGUCCAGCGUAGCUAGGGCCGCUCAGCUUUCACAGCCCUAG